CAGGAUGGCCCACAAGCAGAUCUACUACUCAGACAAGUACUUCGACAAGCACUACGAGUACCGGCAUGUCAUGUUUCCCAGAGAACUCUCUAAACAAGUACCCAAAACUCAUCUGAUGUCCGAGGAGGAGUGGAGGAGACUUGGUGUCCAACAGCGUCUAGGAUGGGUUCAUUACAUGAUUCAUGAGUCAGAACCACAUAUUCUUCUCUUUUGACGACCUCUUCCAAAAGAACAACAAAAAUGAAGUACAGCUAGGAUCAUCUAAUGUUUUUCAAAUUUAAUGUAUAUGUGUAUAUAAGGUAGUAUUCAGUGAAUACUUGGAAGAAUGUACAAACCUUUCAUCCAUACCUGUGCAUGAGCUGUAUUCUUCACAGCAACAGAGCUCAGUUAAAUGCAACUGCAAGUAGGGUUAUUUCAAGUUGUUGAAGAAAUUUUCUUGUAGUUUUUUCUCAAUAUAAAUGCCUGUUUUACUUUACCUGUUUUGUUAAAAUAAAGGUUGUAUAUU